AUGACAGCAGACGCCCCCGAGCCCAAAGCUAAUGCUGCAAUUCAGUUCACCAAACAAGCAGAGAAGCUGUCACUGCAAAGGCAAGAUGUACAAAACCCAGACCCAGACCCUACUACGGCCAUCAAGGCUCGGUUCAUCACACCGCAGGAUCCGGUGAUUGAAACUGCGAAUGGCGAAAGGCUACCAACCGUGCCAUUGAAAGAGGCUAUCGAAUUGAACAAAAGAAGAGAAAGACUUGAAGAGCAUGAGUCAAGAAUCUCAUCACACACCGGGAGAAGAUUGUCUGGGUCCGAAGACUCGUUGUCUGAGGCAUCGAGCAAAAAUGAUGGAAAUGCAGCGCAAUCGUCACAACCAGGAGCUUCAUUUCGCUCAGCAAUACCGCCCCAGCGGACGCAUCCUCUAUUCCCCGACCUUCCACUCUAA